AUAAAACCACUCAACCAGUCCCGAUUGUGAUCCCGUAUCGCAGAGUCGUCGGUCGUUCCGAUAUGGCCUAUGAAAUCGAGUCGGUGAAUUUCCGCCCGUUCAGCGACCAACAGCCGGGCACGAGCGGACUUCGCAAGAACGUCAAAGUCUUCCUACAGAAGCACUACACGGAAAGUUUCGUCCAGAGCAUCCUGGACUAUUUAAAAAAGGAAAAUAACGGGCCGUACACCAUCGUCCUAGGUGGCGACGGACGUUAUUUCGUCAAGGAAGCCGUCCGGCUCAUUAUUAAUAUUUCAGCUGCCAACAAGGUUGAUAAAAUUUACGUGGGUCAAGGCGGCAUACUGUCAACGCCUGCCGCUUCCCAUCUCAUAAGACUGCACAACGCGACUGGAGGGAUACUUUUAACGGCCAGCCAUAACCCCGGCGGCCCAGACAAGGACUUCGGCGUCAAGUUCAACCUUUCGAACGGAGGCCCAGCAACUAGCAAUGUCACAAAUGAAAUUUUUGAAAUUUCCAAGAAGAUCACUCACUACCGGGUGCUCAAGGAUUUCAAUUGCUCAGUCGAUGAGAUUUCAUCAUUUACAAUCCAGGUGGAUGGCCAUGUGACAGUCGUCGAGGUGAUAGAUCCAGUAGACGCCUAUGUAGAAUUGAUGAAGGACAUUUUCAAUUUUGAGCAGAUCAGAUCAUUGGCGGAAAAGCCCGACUUCAAUAUCAUCGUAGAUUCCAUGUCUGGGGUCACUGGUCCUUAUGCCAAAAGGAUCUUUGUAGAAGAGCUAAAGUUUAAGAAAGACUGCAUCGUCUGCGGAACUCCUUUGACCGACUUUGGGGGAGGCCAUCCUGAUCCCAACCUAACCUACGCCAAUCGGCUCGUCCGCCUGAUAACUGAGGGAGAGUAUGAGUUUGGUGUUGCCUUCGAUGGCGAUGGUGACAGAAACAUGAUCUUGGGUAGAAAAGGUUUCUUUGUCGGGCCGAGUGACUCCCUUGCAGUCAUUGCUUCAAAGAUCAACUGCAUUAAAUAUUUUAAGGCAAACAGGGUAACUGGAUUCGCUAGGAGUAUGCCCACCACCCCUGCAGUCGACAGGGUUGGUGAAUUAAAAGGGAUCCCGAUUUUUGAGACUCCGACUGGCUGGAAGUACUUUGGCAAUCUCAUGGAUGCUGACAGGGUUUGCCUCUGUGGUGAGGAAAGUUUUGGAACUGGUUCAAAUCACAUAAGGGAAAAAGAUGGAAUUUGGGCUGCUCUUGCCUGGCUCAGCAUAAUUGCAACGCUUGACAAGGGCAUCCCUGAAAUCAUGACAGAACAUUGGGAAAAAUUCGGCCGUUAUUACACCACAAGGUAUGAUUAUGAGAAUGUAUCGAGUGAAUCGGCGAAAAACAUGAUGGAGCAUAUUGAAAAGACCAUAACCGCAGCAUCCUACCCAGGGACUUCUUUUGGCAGUGCAGCAAAGUAUGUGGUUAAAUUUGGCGAUAGUUUCAGCUAUACUGAUCCAAUUGAUGGAUCCGUCGCCAAGAACCAGGGUCUUCGGGUUGUUAUGGAAGAUGGAUCCAGGAUAAUCUACCGGCUGAGUGGAACCGGCAGUACAGGGGCCACUGUCCGGAUCUACGUCGAGGCAUACGAGAAGGAAAAGCUCAGCGAGGAGAAUCAUAUCAUCUUAAGCGAUCUCUGCGAUUAUGCCAUCGAGCUGGCAAGGAUCAAGCAUUUUACGGACAGAGACGCACCGACGGUCAUAACAUAAUCGGCCUAACUAACCGCCGCGGUCUCAAUGUUGCACCUCUUGGGCACUCGUACGAAGCAUAUUCAGGAAUUGAAAUAGUUAAUUAUGAGUAAUAAAGAUAUUUGUGUGAUACGUCUAAUUCAAAAUUUAAAUUUUUAAUGGGGCAAUUAUCGUUGUCCAUUACAAACUUAAACUUAUUUUAGUAAGAUUUUUAUAAAUUUUCGGCAUGCCCUUCAGGGAAAAGAUCUGCAAGUUGAGACCACCCAGGGUUAGACAAAUAGGAAAAUUAUUUAACAUAUCUUUAAUAAAAAAAGCCAAAUCCUUAAUAGUCAUAAUCUAAAAUAAAAUAUUAAUUUCCUUUACUACUUUUACGAAAGUUUCUUAAUAAUUAUCACUAUUGUUAUUAAAUUGUUCUUAUCAAUCAGUUGAUAUUAAGAUUAUUUUUUCUCAUGUAAAACUACAAAUUAUAUCUUUAAAUUAAUAUUGUUAAAAAUCGUUAUUUGUAAAAUAUAAACUUAGACAACAAGGCGGAAAAUGUAAAGAUUUAAAAUCUAUGUAAACCCGCCUCCGUUACGAUGCUUGAGGCUCCCUUAGCUUUAAUUUUAGCGUUUAGAAAACUAGAAAAAUUAAUAUUUGUAAGGGGAAUUAGACAUUUGAACUUGUGUAUAUAAUGUUGAUUAAAAAAAAAAAGUUUUUGUAAUUUUUUAUAAUUUUUUAACAAAAUGAGAAAAUGGUAAAAAAAGUAAAAAAUAAUUGUGUCCCAAGUCAAUUCACUAGAUUUCACCGGGCUAGUGUGUGAAUGGGUCUUCUCUUGUCAAAACCCAAAUAGUUUUGUGUUUGUUCAAUUAAUGAGUCGGUUUCUUUAACAACGUUUGAGUUCGGAAAUGAGAUUUCGUCUAACCUAAACUGUGAAUGUAGGAGUGUCGACAAAUUGCACACCUUCCAUACUAAACAACCCUACUAUAUCACAAGAAAAAUUUGAAUAUUUUUUUUUAAACAUUAUUUUUUAAUUUUAUAAUCCCAUUGUAUAAAUAUUUCUAUGUGAGGUAUGUUUUGUUUAGGUUUUUGUUGUAAGCGUUUCCUCCCUCUUUGUUAAUUGUUAAAUGAGGAGCUUCAUUAAUUUUUGAAAUAUAUUCAACACUCAUAAGGGAUCAAAGUGAAAAAUUUAUUUUUAUGACAUAUAAUUUUAAUUGAGUUUAUUUUUAGUGAUGUAGAAAAGUCUUCAAGGUGGUAUCUGAUUACCCUUGCUUGACUAUUAAAGAAAAAUUAAAAAAUGCAUUUAAACAAUUGAAAUUGAAUAAAACAAUUAAUUUAAAAGAGGCAAAUUGUAUAGGAAAUUGUGUGUUAAGGCGGAAGGACUCCCGAUCCGAAGGAAGGGACUUUUUCCCCUUGAUCACGGGGUUUAGCGUAAGUAGAGGGUGUAGUUAUAUUUAUAUAUAUUGGGACUGCGAGGGCCUUUUCUAGGCCUAAGACCAGCACUGACUGCCAGAUACGAGUUGUGAAGCGUUCAAGUGAUGAAUCCGACUCUCGAUAGAUUAUAAUUUUUCUAAUGAGAAUUAACAAAUCCGUCACGGCGAUCACCCGUGCGGAAUCGAUUGUAUUGUUAGACUUAGAUCAUUGUUUUUUCUUCUAUCUGUCUCUUGUUGAGUGUGUUAGUGGAUUUUUGAGAUUGGAUUUCUCCGCUUACCCCAUUGCAAUUCGAAAGCUUAUUGUAAUCCAUUGUAGCCUGUAUUUUUGAUUGGGAUAGUCCCAUUUAGAUGUGCCCUUACAAUGUUAACGCGCAUGUAGAUUUAGACUGCAAUAAAAUUCCUUCUGUCGAGUGAAA